AUGAUGAACGGACUGGCCGCCCUGAUCGUGAUCGGUCUGGUUGCAUUCGUUGGCAGCCUCUCUACCUUCAGCUCCGCCGCCACUGUUACGGUGUGCAGCAACAAUUGCACCUUCGACGACUUCGACGUGGCCUUUGACAGCCUCGUCGCCGGCGACACCAUCACCGUCAAGCAGGGCUACACCACUUUGGCCGCCCGCACCGUCACGCUCAAUAACAUCACCAUAUGGGGCUACAACGCCACGUUCGGCUCGAACAGCGAUGUGUGGCUCACGAUCCCCACCAACGUCAGCCUCCUGUUCAAGGGCUCCUCUCUCAUCUUUGGCACCUCGAUCAAGGUGGAUGGAGGCAAGUUGAUUCAGGAGGGCCUGCUCGACUUCCAAAUGUUCGACUUGCCGUACCAGGCGGAGGACAAGACAGGCCUUGUGCUCGACAAUGGCGCAACGCUCCUGCAGCAGGGCCAGCUGCUCUUCCGACUCUCCGCAUACUUGAACUCCACCGUUCUCACUGGCCUGUACGUGGGCGGUUCAACCUCGUGGACUCAGCUCGGGAGCCUCGUGGUCAGGGCCGAUGGCUACGGCGCGCUCACCGGCGUGGAGCUUGAGGUGGAGGCGGUGUGGACUUCGUCCGGCGAGGUCUCCGUCACAGCCACCCAGUCCAACGUGACCGGCAUCGUAGUGGGGGGCAAUACGUGGAGCCCAAGCGGCACGGUGAGCGUCACUGCGGUCGACGGCGCCAAGGGGUUGACCGUCUCCGGUUCCACGUGGAACCAGGGCGGGACCACCACAGUCAACGCGACCAACGGAGCCACAGGCGUGUACUUUGGCGGUUUCGGCAGCACCUGGUCGCAGUCGGCCAACUUGGUGGUGACCGCAUCCGAUGGACAGGCCACAGGAAUUCUGAUCGAUGCCACCACGCCGUGGACUCAGUCCGGCCGCGUUUACGUGACCGCCAACCAGAAUGCCACCGGAAUUCUUCUGCGCGUUUCGGAGACCUGGCAGCAGUCCGGCGUCGCGACCAUCCUCGCGCAGGGCUUGUCUGCCAUUGGACUGCGAUGUGCCAACAGCUCUGUGCUGACGUGGACCUCCACGGAGAGCAUCAACAGCACCCAGACCCAGUCGGGGACUGCCAUCAGCGGCUGCUCCACGCCGGCCCCGAGCGCCUCGCCCAGCGCGAGCCCGCAGAUCCUGCUGUCGAACAUGACCACCAUCCCCUCCAUGCCCAUGCUCUGCUUCAACCUCUCCGCGCCCGCAGUGCUCAUCCUGCCCAAGGAUUCAAAGGGAAACGUGCAGCAGCUGGCCGGCGUGAUGGUGUCGCUCGGCUCGGUCGGGCGAAUGGACAGCAACGACACCCUGAUCGAGGAGGCCACAGUCACCGACGGAAUGUGGGGCGAGGAGGCCAACAACUCGCUCGGCGCCAGCCAGUCGUACAUCUACGCCUGCACUCUGUCGUUCAACUCCACCACCUCAGCCGGGGCCAUCACCACCAAGCGCAACGGCGGGUCGGCCAACUCGACGGUGCUGCAGCUCCAGUGGUACCUGUUCGACGCCGCGACCAAUGUGUCCUUGGGCGGCGACGUGUCGUUCGGCACCUCGCCGGCCUACACCAAGCUCACCGUGCGCCUGGCCAACUGGCCGUGGCCCGCCUACACGGGCCGCGCGAGCGACGACGGCCGCGCCGAGGUGCGCAUCACCAUCGACCCGCCCUUCACCGGCUCCACGCCCAAGUCCGGCGGCGGCGGCAGCGGCAGCAGCUACCUUAAGGAGUUCGGCCUGUCGGGCCAGACCACCGACUACACCGCUGGAUCCGUGUCGACGUCCGUGCGGUUGGUCGACGCCGUGGAGAUCGACGGCCAGCUGAUCCCCUUGGCCGGGCUCGACAGCAACACUCGGCCGCCGGUCGAGUACUGGCUCGACGGGGCCACGUCGCAGCUGGUGCUGUCGUUCGGCCGCUUCAACUCGACGGUGGUCUACGACCCGGACUUCGGCGUGUUUCUGGGCGCCAAGGGCGGCGACGGCGGCGGAACGAGCAGCGACAACACGGGCCUGAUCGUGGGCGUGGCGGUGGCGGUGCCGCUGGCGAUCCUGGUGGUGGUGGCGGUGAUAGGCGGCGCGGCGGUGCUCACCUACUACCGACGACGGCAAGUGGCCAACCAGCACAGCGGCGUCAACUUUGAUCAGGAGGACGCGCUGUGA